AAAUUCGAAUUUGAUAAUGAGUGGAAAAGGCGACGCCGCAGCGAAGAAGGCUAAGUCGUCCAAGCGCAACUCGCUCAAGGGCGGAAACCGCAAGUUCGUCACCAGUGCCGAGGAGCUCGAAGCGCGCAAUGUCGUGGAGGAGGUCCGUCAGGAGAAGCGUCGCGUGCGACGGGACGACGGAGAGUCCGACGACGAGGACGACGAUGAGGAGGACGCGGACGGCGUGGUGUUUGACCGCAUCGUCGAAGAAAAGGAGGACGAGAUAGAGGAGAAGAAAGUGCCCAAGCCCAAGGGCGUGGCGGGCAUCAUCCAGGUCCAAAACCCCAACUUUGCGUCGACCAAGGCGAUCAAGGCCAAGGACAUCGACCCGAACGCCGAAGCACAGCCUCUGACCCGACGAGAGCGCGAGGCGAUCGAGAAGGAAGCUAAGGCUGCAAACUACAUGAAGCGCCACUUGGCCGGUCAAACGGACGAAGCGAAGCGCGAUAUUCGCCGACUCGAAGAAGUGAAGAAGCGCCGCGAAGACGCUGCCCUCCGUAAGAAGCAAGAAGAAGAAGCGGCCGCGGAACUGGCCAAGAAAGCUGCCAAGGUGUCUGUGAAGGGUGGCGACGACGAAGCGCUGGACGCGCGUGCGAUCAAGGCACUCAAGCCGAACGCGCUCAAGGACCACCUCAAGGAACGAGGGUUGUCCAUCCAAGGCCAAAAGAACGACCUCAUCCAACGCCUCAUCGACUACGAAAACGAAAAGUCGUUGUAACUAUGCUAACAGUAAACCAACCCACAGUUUGGCCAUUGGCUCGUCCUGAAAGCAAUAAUAUCACCACUACCAACUGUCCA